CGUCAUAUUGGUAACCAAAACUAACCUUAAACCACAUUUGUUGUGAAGCGAAAAAAAUCGUUUUUUUGUGGGAAUUUUCUUCAUUCAAGAUGUACUUAAUGUAUUAUUUGGAUAAAGACGGUAACCGGGUUUACACCUUAAAUAAAUUUGACCCUUCAGGAAAACCCACACUUUCGGCACAUCCAGCACGUUUUUCACCCGAGGACAAAUACUCACGUGAGCGAAUCACAAUCAAAAAACGUUUCGGGUUAUUAAUGACGCAACAGCCGGAACCAAUUUAUUGAGAAAUAGUUUAUUUUAUUAUUGUGAUGAGAAUAUUUUUUUGAUAUGAAUAAAAAAUCGUAAAAUAA